UGAAGCUUUCCGAGGUUGUUUAUGUUUACGAGGUGACGGUCGGAUGCAUCAAACUGCGCUAUCGACAAAUCAAGCUCACGGAUAUGUUCUGAUAUGUCACUACCCACAUAUAAUGUAAUAUCCUGAAAUAGAAUGGGCAAAGAAAUUAAGAUCAUUACCAUGACAUCAAGGGAAACAGAUUCGAGAGAAAGUGACCAAAAUUAUUCAUGCAUAGAAUAUGAACUGACCCAACAUGUCAAUAGCAUGCACAGCAGAAGAAAAUAUCCAACUCAAGUCCUACUUUUGAAUUGGUGUCAUUGUUUCAUUUCAAGGGCCUAGCAAGAAUUAAAAAUGUCUACUACUACAGUGAAAACUGACACAAUGAGCAAGGUGCUGCCAGGAGACAAGAGUGGUCUCCCAUGGGAAAUAUGGCAGAUGAUACUUUCAUAUCUUAACGCUGCUGAACUGUGUCGAGGGUGCUGUGUGAGUAAGACCUGGAAUGAUCUUAUCCUUAGUUUAGAUGGAUCAAGAUGGAAGGAACUGUACCUCAAGUGUGAAGACUGGAAGCAUCCUUUCUGGCCACUGAACAUUCAUUCCGAGCCGCCAUCUUGGAAACAAGCUUAUCAUGACCAGUACCUGUCAACAAGGCAAUGGUCACAGUGCUCACGAGAUCUCAGUCACAGCAGCUGUCUAUAUGUUCUUAAACGGAAAAAAGAUAGAAAAAUUAUUCGAGUUGGACGUGGGAAAGAGCAUUCUUCUUUAAAAAGUGCUCUUUCUGUGGCCAAUGACUUUGAUCGAAUAGAGGUGUAUCCUGGUAUCUAUGAUGAACAGUUUGAGAUGACAUCCAAAAUUCCCUUUGAGUUGGUAGGCGUGGGAGAACUUGGCAGCGUUAUCCUUGUGGUGUGUAUAGAACAAGUUGCCAUGACAGGACGUCUGAGCAAUCUUGUGUUGAGAGCACCGUGGUUCACAACAUUUAUUCUCAAGAUUCGUGCUGGUUACCUGCAGUUGGACAACUGCAUAUUGGAGGACGGUAUGGUGUACGCACAGAACCCAGGGACAUGUCACAUCAGAUUCUGCACAUUCCGCCAUGCCACCAUAAUUCUACAACAUAUGAAUGUUAGUGUUAUUGAAAACUGUGAGUUUUCACAGAGUGACACAGCAGACAUCAUUGUUGAGGGAUAUUCAAAGGAUGAGAAAAACUGGACUUACUCAUAUCUGCGAUCACGCAUGAAUUCAAUAUUUUCACAGAAUCGGCGUCAAAGGAGACAAUCACUCAUUACCAUGAAAACUAGCGAGUCGCAUGCAUCAACCAUGCAUUCCAUGACAGCAUCUUCAGCACAUCUGGCCAAUCACAGUUCAGACUCAGCAUCCCAUGAUCAUAAUGACCAAUCAGGAACAUCAUGUAGUGAUUCGCUGGAACCAUCCCACCACAUUCCUUGCCCAAGGCUUGUCAGUGAUGGGGCUGAUGUACCCAACAUUAUUGACAAUCAAAACUCAUCCAAUACUCAAGGGUUUGCCUUUCAUCAACAUGAAUCCAUUUCAAACUCUAAUCAUUCCAAUGCCAACUUACAGGCAACAGCAGAAGUUGUGAUGCAAGAUCCCAUCCAAAAUCAGAAUGAGGCUGCAAGUGUUCAUGUAGAGGCUGCAGCCAAUGGAAAUGAGGCUAGGGGACAUGAAAAUGAGGCUCGAGAAGGGGCAGGUAAUGCAGAGGCGGCAGCUAUACAAGUACCACAUUUAGAUUUGAAUGAAGGCAACAAUGAAAAUGAGCCACGCCCAGACAGCGGGAGGAGUCUUCACUCAAGAUUGUCAUUUGACAGUGAGGACAGCUUGUCUUUCCUUGAUGACCUUGACUCUGCAAGAUCAAGUUCACCAGAUGUUGGUCGUCCUGGCAGCACCAGCAGCAGCAGUGAUGAUGACGAGGACAUUGAGAGAAUCGUGCACACAGACUCAGACGAUGACCUGUCAUCAGGGGAGGAGUCCGUCAUUAUGCUGCCUCACCUGCGACAGAAACACAUCCAAGCAUCAAUAUCUGCUCAAGGUGUCAAUGCCGACAUCGUGUCCAUCAGUAGCCAGACCUCACAACCUAUUCCAACUGAUGUCAUUCAGGACAGCCUCAUGCGGUCUGUCGUGGAUCAGGUUCAGGGUUGUCUCAUCCAUCAGUGCCGCAUGAUCCACUCGAAGGGUGGAGUCAUGGUCAGUCUCCAGGCACACGCCAUCGUGUCCGAGUGUGACAUCUGCAACGUUGGCUACGGCAUCCGAUGUAUACAGAACUCCAGGGUGGUGGUUCUGAAGAACAAGAUCCACCAUUGUCGGACAUCAGGGGUCUUCAUGAGACUCGCUGCUUCAGGACUGAUAGCAGGCAAUGACAUACAUUCCAACAUGGAGGCUGGGAUAGACAUUCGGAAGAAUGCUGACCCUAUUGUACAGAACAACCGCAUUCAUCAUGGGAAGAGGUCAGGGGUCGUCGUGCUGGGAAGUGGGCGUGGCCAGGUAAAGAAGAAUGACAUCUAUGAGAACCGAGAAGCAGGAGUUUACAUCUUGUACGGGGGAAACCCCACCGUCUGUCAAAACCACAUAUACGACGGCAAGGCAGCAGGUGUGGCUGUCAAUGAGAGUGGGUGUGGCUUCAUAUUCGAUAAUGUCAUUCGUGGUAACCAGUGGGGUGGUGUUGACAUUCGACAUGGUGGUGAUCCCGUUGUCAGUGGCAACACAAUCUCUCAUGGUAUCGGCGAUGGAAUCGUCAUUGGAGAGCGGGGUCGAGGAUCCCUGGAGAACAAUGUCAUAUCUGGUAAUGCUGGAUGUGGAAUUUGGAUUAUGAGUGCCUCACAACCAUUUCUCCAUGGCAACCAAAUAAACAACAACGGUGAUUCAGGGAUUAUGUUUGUCAACAAGACUGAUGUGCAGCAUGUGCCAAAUAUCCCGGAUGGAAUGAACAUGGCGUCAUCCAGGAGUCUGGGGUACGGAGACGGAGAGGAGGGUCCGUCACAUCCACGGUGUGAUGUCGCCACUGUACAGUACAACAAUGUCUAUCAUAACUCAGGUAAGGGGAUAGUGAUACAGAUGGGGGAUGCCGUCCACGUCCACUUCAACGCUGUGUACGCCAACCUCUCCGAUGGCAUCACAGUUAACCAAGACUCUGCUGUCGUCCUGAAGAGCAACAGCAUCACCAACAAUUCUGGGACGGGCAUCAUCAGUGUUUCUCCUAGCAGUGAGAACCAAUCGAUUCAUAUCCAUGGCAAUGGUGUCUAUGGCAACCGUGACCAUGGGAUCGUGUGUCGUUGUUGUAGUCACAUCUCUCAGAAUGAUGUAGUUGGAAACCUCAACGGCGCCAUCAGCCUUGAUGGCAAUGCAUUGGUCACAGUUGUUGAGAACCGGCUUCAGUGCCCCAAUGGUCCGUGUAUGAAGGUGGUGGGUGUGGCCCAGGGUGUGGUGGAGAACAACACCGUGUACGAGGAGGACAAGGAAACGUGGAUCCGCCACGACGCCUUCAGUGAGAGACUGGUCCUGGAGAACCAUGUACAGAGGCAAGGGACAGAGAGCAGCAAAUCAACAUUCAACAAAACUGAGUUCCUGAGAUCACCUGCUCCCCGACCUGUGAUUGACCCCCCUCCUCCUCCGUCUGUCAUCCCAGCUCACAAUGUUAGCUCCAUCAGUAAAGUCACAGUGCCCUCUGGUGAAGGAUGUGAACAAGGGAGCAAACUCUGCUCGAUAUUGUAGCCAUGAUGAUAUUGUACAGUUGAUAAGUGUUUCAUGAUGACUAGUAUUUACUGAUAAUAUAUUCAGGGUAAUAUGUUUGUGAAGGCAACGCUAACCACUGCACUAUAGGUGCGUAACUGUGAUACGUUGGGAUAGAAUAGCUCACCUGGUCCAUCAAGUGAAAUUGUUCCACUUGGUCUUGUCCCUUAUUUGUCUAUGCACAGAAUCUAAGGAUGUUAAUAUAGAGCAUGUGACAUUAACAAAAGUCUUACAUAAAGACGGUAUCAUAUCAUUUCAAACAUGAAACAGAUUUAUUGUUCAUGGUUAAUAAUAUUUUGUUGAGUAAUUCUUUAUUGUUAAUGUGUUACCAAAGUACAAAUCGUAAUUUGGGUGCAUUGACAAAUUGUAUUUUUCAUUUGUAUCUAUCUCACUUCUGCCAUCUUGGAUGGAAAACAAGGCGUGUAGUGCCUAGCUCCAUACAUGGAAAUUUCAGUUGUAAAAUUAUUUCCUAUAUGUUAAAUACAGAAGAUAUUUUUCAUAUAAUGCUAAAGUACAACAAGAUUCUGCCUGCAGUACACCACUAUUUGCAUUUUGCUGUCAAGAACCUGGCAGCCAUCUUGGUCUGUUGACAUACUUGUUACACUUUGGUUCACAGUGACAUAAGAAUAUAGUUAACUUGCCUUCUGACAUAAUUCUGCAUGUUCUUUCUUCAACAUUGAUCAGACUAUCAAACUCAUAAUACUCAUAACCCUUUAAAUAUAUAAAAAUGAUUAAUUCAUAAAGUUACUAUUCCUUGGUUGAUGGAUGUCAUCGUGACAAAACGACUAGGCUCGCUUGAUAAAUUAUGUCAAUGAGAGAAAUGACGACAGCAUUAUAUUUGGCAUUGAUAAUGUAAGCUGUGGCAUACUUAUGAUGAAAGUUGCCAUGAUGGUAUCGAGAUUGUUAAUAUACACCAUUUGUCCCACUUCUGUGCCUUGUUGAGAAUGCGAUGUUUCCCAUGUAGAUUUCAACUUACCGGUAUGCACUCCAAGCCUCGCAUUCAAACCUGAAAUGGCGAAUUGUGAAAAAGGUCAGUCGGGAUACGAUGAGUUAACUGUUUUGUCUUUGUAUUUUAAAGACUCAACCACAACAUAAGAACACAAAGUGGAUUAGGAUUACGGUAGAAAAAACAUUGCGUUAUAAGGCCACAAUAAAUUAAUCAUCAGAAUGCAUCCAAUAUUUCCAAAAAUGUGAGGCGGAUGCAUUUGUUUUUUACACAUAUUAUUUAUUUUAAAGUUCAGGCAUCUGUGUAUGUUGAAUGUGGACAGUUCACAUGAAGCAUGAAUCGUGGUUAGUUACUAGGGGGACGUAACAGGAGGAGGGGUGGGUUGGGAGGACAUUCUGAGGAUAUAUUUAUUAUGGCCUAAAAUAACCAGGAAUUUCUCUUAGUUUGUCAUAUUGUUUUAAAAAGAAUGAAUUUGAUACUGGCUGAUUAUAUGGCAUGUCAAUGUACAUAUACAAACUUGUGAAGCCCAUUUCUGGUGUCCCCCGCCGUGAUAUUGCUGGAAUAUUGCUAAAAGCGGCGUAAAACCAUACUCACUCUCACUCACUCACUCACAUGUACAAACUCCACAGAAUUAAUACCAUCUCUGAAAUGUAAUGUUAGAACUUUAAAAAUUUGGUGCAGUUGGGAUUCAUAUUAUUUUUUAAGUUUUUAAUAUUACCGUAUUCGACGUAAUAAGCGCCUAGGGAGCACUCAAAAUUAGAAUAAGGGGCUCUUUUUGAAUAUAAUUUUGGUGAGAAAACAAACAGAGU